AUGAUAGAAAAUGGACCACCUCUUUUUACUGGAAAAGCUGGAGAAGAUCCAUCAGAUUGGAUUUUAGAAUUCAAGAGAUUUGUAAUUGCAUUUCGAAUAAAUGUUAUAACUGGUGCAGGAGGAGUUGCUGGUAGAGCAGGAACAUAUAAUUUAGGUAUAUCAUGUAUGAUUGGUGAAGCAAAAACCUGGUAUGAAAAUGAGAUUAAAAGUAGAAACUGGCAAUGUGAUAAUAUUCUUGAUGGUACUGGUGUAAAUAACUUAAAUGCAAUUCGAGCAUUAAAUAAUGACGUUUUAACAGGUAUUAAUGCAAAUCAGUUUCUUGGAGAAACCUUGAUUAUAAGAAAUAAUGCUGGGGGUGAUAAUACAAUAAUUGGUGCUAAUAUUAUUUCAGUGAGUACAUGGGAUGAAGAUUGGAGUAUAGCUAAAGAACAUCCCGUACCUGUAAGAACUCCAUCUCCAGCCAAUUAUGCAAAUGUUAGUGCAGGUAAUUCAAUUGUUGCACCUGAAAUAACUCUUGGACAAUUUUUAUACUGUCUUGAAUAUCUUUAUCCUACGGUUGAAGCACAAAAAAAUUUGCUUUUCUUUGAUCAGAUUAUGCAAGAAGGUAUAUCAAUACUCGAGUAUAAUGCCAAAAUAUCAAAACUCAGAAAACUUGCUGGAUUACCAGAAUCAAAAAUGAGAGAACAGUAUAUUUGGGGAUUAAAUCCUAUGAAUCAAUACAAUGUCUGCAUGAUGACUAAAUACCAUGAUACUAGAGAUAAUAUUACAAAAGCAUUAGUUGAAGCAGAAAAAUUUUCACUACUAUAA